AUGUCCGUCUACGUGAUCACCGGCGUCUCGAAGGGAAUCGGGUUCGAGCUCGUCAGGCAGAUCUCCGAAGACACCAACACCCUCGUCAUCGGCCUCGUCCGCGACAAAGCCGCAACUGAGAAGAAGGCCAGCCUGAAGCAAGCCGCUGCCGACACGGCCCAGAUCAUCGGCGACCGGGGCGUCGACUACCUUGUUGCCAACGGGGCCUUCCCGUCUCACUUUGAUGCUUAUGACCCAAUUGGUAAUCUAGCCACCAAACCCCAAGAGCUCGAAGCCGUCUGCUCAAAGCUCUUCCAAACCAACGUCGUGGGCAACAUCCACCUCUUCAACCUCUUUCUGCCCUCUGUAAUGCAAGGCAAAGUGAAGAAAGUGAUCGCCAUAUCCAGCGGCCACGCAGACCUCGACCUGAUCAACGCCCUCGAGGUCGAGAACAGCGCGCUGUACGCUGCGUCCAAGGCAGCCAUGAACACGAUCGUCGCCAAGUUCAGCGCGCAGUAUAAGAGGGACGGCGUGCUGUUUGUGGCUGUUAGUCCGGGCGUUGUGGAGGUCGGGCAUUAUGAGAAUGUGCUGCCAGAGCAGAUAGAAGGCUUGCAGAGAUUCAUGGGCAAAAUUGCGGCGUAUGCGCCGCACUUCAAGGGCCUAACGCCCGUUGCCGAGGCGGUUCGCACGCUCAGGGAGACCUGGGAAAGGCUCAGCAUUGAGGGUGGAUUUGCGGGGGCGUUUGUCUCGCAUUUUGGGAAUAAGCAGUGGUUGUGA